AUGCCUUCUCAGGGAGAUAUCAACGUCAACUCCUUCGAGGACCACCUCGACUCCAUCAUGGGCCCGAUGGGCUUCCAACGUCCCUUUUCCCAAUGGCAGCAAGACUCCGACACCAACGGGGUUACGGAGGCCCCCAACGCCGACGACGACUCAGCCAUCGAAGAUCCCGCCGCCGCCAACAAUGAGAACGACCCGAGCGUCCUCCCGGCCAACCUCCCCGAGCCCGGCACCGGCAGCCGCCGCCAGCAGCUGGCCCAACCCCAGGCCCAGCACUCCCGCUACGGCCAGGCCGAAUACCGCCUUGGCCCCCGCAAGAAGGUCAGCCUGACCGACCCGGAGCUCGACUUUGAAAUAUUCGAGGACGAGACGGCCACCGUGGGCGCGCCCUUCAAGCCGGACUACUACGGCAGCAGCGUCCCGGCCCUCGGCGAGCGCAACAACCUGGAAGACUUCGACUACAGCGUCGAGCACCAGCUUCGACGCCACUACCACCAGUUGCUGGACCAGGCCAUUCGCACCGACGACGAGACCCUCUACGACCUCAUUGAGAGGGUCAGGGAGCAGCGGUUCACCACCUGGCAGCGAUUUUCGGGCGCCAUCGAGUGGAUGGCCGGCAGCGACCCCAUGGAUGUCUGGCUUUGGGUCGAGGACAAGGGGUACCACCGCCGCUGGACCGACGAGCAGAUUGUCCGGUUCAAGGAGUUUCUGCAGUUCAUGAAGACUUGCAUCCUCAGCGCCAUCGGCAUGGAGGACGAGGUUGCGGCGAAGAACCUGGACGACUGGAACACCUCGCUCCUCAAUGGCCGGUUCAAGGGCCUGGGGCUGACGAAUCUGUGCAUGCUCAAGCACAACGAGAUUCGGGUCUCUUUUAUGCCGGAUGGGCUUGAUGAGAAGCUGCUCUAUCGGGCGGAUUUUACCCCUGAGGAGCUUGAGAUUCUCGAUGCUGGCUGGGGAGGGCCGGGACGGUGGGCUCCGGGAGAGGAGCUGGAGGCUCAGGGGAACGAGGAGAGUGAGGAGAGCGACGGGGGAAAGGAGUCGGAGGAGAGUGAGGAGAGUGAG